AUGAAAAAAUUUUAGUUUUUUGACAAGAAUAUUAGAUAACAAAGGCCUGAAUUGAAUUUCUGCACAUUCAAUUAUAUCUUUGCUGAGUACUUCCAUUCAUUAUCUAGAUACAUUUGCUACUUGAAGAGAAAACAUGGGAACGAUUACGAUGAGAUGAACUCCAAGAUGGAACAAUUAGGAGUCUCAGUGGGAAUCCGACUUUAUGAAGUAGUGAGUCUUAGAGAAAGAAAUAAAAGGGAAACCAAAUUAGUUGAACAAUUGAGGUUCAUCUAAGGGAUUGUAAAUCUCAUAUGCAUUCGUAGUUUUGGAAACACCUCUUUGGUAGACAAGCAGAAUCAAUUGAAAGGUUGAAGGAUAGACCAAAUGAUUAUCUUAUUAGAGAUGAGAAUCCAUUGCUUCUCAAAUAUAUUUCAGAAGAAGGACAUAUAUCCCCUGCAUAAUUUAUGUGUGGAAUUCUGAAAGUAAGGAAUAAUUUCUAUCCAUCAGGGAGUCUUGAAUGCUUCUGGAUUCACGUGCCAAGUUUCUUAUUAAUUUAAGACAGAUGAACGAGGUGUCAGCUAUUAUCCUCACACUGUCUUUAUCUUAAGUUUUGAAGAUGCCAGAGAUUUAUGA